AUACCCACGGCUGGCUGCCUUUAAAAAUCUCCAGUCAACGAUUAUGAUAUUCAAGAUGUGUUGUGAUCAACGAAUUCUGGUUGUGAUGCGAUCACCUGAAUAUUUAUUUUUAGUAAACAGAGAAUAAACUCUGACGUUGAAUUUGACAACAAUUUAGCAUGGCACUGUAAAUAACAUAACCCAACAAGGAAGGUUCGGGAUCAAUUUUGCGUUGUAAAACCUUGACAAUAAAAUAAGAAAAUAUUGUGGUUAAGAAGUAUUGCUGCAAGAGAAUUCUUCAAAUAUGCCAGUAUUUCAAGAAUCUUGUGCUGAGCAAAUCCAGGCUCAGACGAUAAUUAUAAUUCAUCCAGGAUCGAUGAAUCUCCGCAUGGGUCGAGCAUCGGAUCUAAAUCCCAAUACUUUACUGAAUGCAGUUGCUAGAAAAAGACUGCAAGGUGGUUCAGAAUACAAGGAUCCCUUUCUUCCACCAUUAGUAGCACGGACGAAGGAGCUUACGCAAGCAAUGGAAGAGUCCCGUCUUCAAGUAUCUCAUACUCUUCAGUCUUGCUUGCAGUCCGAUGGAAGACGGAGAUAUGCAACACCUCCGCAACAGAUAGCUGCUUUUAAUCGUAGAUCUAAUCCAGAGACUCUUUCACCAUCUGGUGGAGAAUGGAUAAAAACUGAAGAAACAGUGGUCGUUGGUGAUGAAAUUUUGUCUCUCAGUCCUGAUGCGGAUUACAAUAUUCACUUUCCUUAUAAACGGGGAGAAUUAAAUGUCCACGCUGGACCUGGAGGAAGUCUCAGAGCUGUUCUUGCAGAUUUGAAGACAAUCUGGGAAUACGUUUUGACAAAAAAAAUGGAUAUUCCAUUAAAAGAUCUGCGCCAUUAUCGAGCUGUCCUUGUUGUACCAGAUAUUUAUAACAGACAAUACUUGAAAGAGCUGACGACUCUUCUCUUGUGCGAAAUGAGUUUUGGAGGGUGCUUCCUUUUACAGGAUCAUGUUGCAGCUACGUUCGGUGCAGGACUAGGAUAUGCUUGCGUUGUGGAUGUUGGUGAUCAAAAAACUUCAGUUUCUUGCGUUGAGGACGGGAUUUCUCAUCGGAAUACGCGUGUACGAAUGGAUUUUGGUGGCGCGGAUAUAACCCAAACAUUCUUUUGGUUGCUCCAAAAGUGUUCAUUCCCUUACAAAAGUUGCAAUGCUUCUAAUAGGCUAGAUGCACUACUCCUAGAUCAAUUAAAACGAGAUUUUUGUCACGUUGAUUUAAACGUCUGCGGGUCUCAAGAGAAGACAUUCAUUGUUAGGCAGCCUAAGAUUCCAACAGAGAAAUAUACCCUCCAGGUUGGUGAUGAAUGCUUAGUAGCUCCUCUGAGUUUAUUUCAACCUGAGUUGUUCAAAGUGACAGGAACUCACAACGUACACACACAAAAGCGAUCUAUGGGAGAUCCAGAGGACCCACAUGAUGAAAAUUACCUACGAGAAACCAGUAGGCGUGGUGCUAAAGAAAAUUUAGAACAAACAUUAGAAUUGCCUGAAGAAGUGGCUACGCCUGCUGUCGCAGGUGAAGAGGAAGUGGUCGUUGAUGCCGUUGAUUCAGCUCCGAUCAAUUUAGGAAUUCGGGACUUGGAUAUUCCGAGAGACUUUGUUGUUGGACCUCAGCAACUCUUAGGGCUUGAUCACGCAGUUCUUCAAAGUAUAGAUCGAUGCCCGACUGAUGACUUGAAACGAAAGAUGUAUAGUUGCAUUUUAGUUGUUGGUUCUGGAAUGAAAUUUCAAGGAAUAGGGAUGUGGCUGCAUAACAGGAUAUCGCUGCAAAUUCCCUACAUGUACAGAGCAGAACAACUUGACAUCAUAACUCACCCAAAAGAAAUGGACCCAGGGAUGACGGCGUGGAAAGGUGCUGCGAUACUGAGUUGUCUAGAAUCAGCACAAGAAUUAUGGAUUGGUCGUCAAGAGUGGGAGCAAAUCGGAGUUAGAGUACUAAGGGAAAGGGCACCAUUCAUGUGGUGAAUAUUGUAGGCUUUGAUUAGACAUCAAGCAUUUGAAAUUGUAUAUACUGAACGGAAUUAGUCAGGACGACGUGUACGAACAUUUACGAUGAACCUCUCACGAGGUGAAAUUGAAAUUUUACGUAAAAUGGUACCCAUGAAGUAACUGAGGAUGCUAUGCUAGAUGAUAGCACGCAGGUUUAGUCACUGAAGUAAUAUUUAAUUGAGUUUCUAUGAUACUAAUAAAAAUUUUUACAAAACAUUC